CAUUAAGAGGGACAUCAACGAUCAAGAUGAACAAAGUAUUUGCUAUUUUUCUUUCUUUUACAAUUGUUGCUACGAGCUAUGUCAUAGGUUCCAAACAAGCACAGAAAUAUACAGCAAUCGGUUGCUUCCGAGAUCUGGGAAAGAGUCCCCGACCACUGCCAACAUUACUCGCGGAUCUACGAAACAGUAUCGAUUGGCACAAUCUUAAUAAGACAAUCGAUAAGUGCUCGCAACUUGCCGAUCAAAGAGGCUUCAGUGUGUUUGGAGUACAAUUUUACGGUGAAUGCUGGAGUGGGAAGGAUGCAAUGACGUCAUACAGUAAAGAUGGCGAAGCGGAAAAUUGUGUCGUUGGCGUUGGACAGGAAAGAGCAAAUUUCGUCUACAAAUUUUUAAAGAAAGCAACUCAAUGGAAGAAAGCAAAUUACAAGUUCAUUGAAGGAGACAUCAUCGGUAAAACAUCAUUCCAUUCUGACUUGAAAACAGCAAGUGUCAAUUGUAAACAACGAUGUGAAACUAUUCAAGGCUGCAAAGCAGUUCGGCUCUACGAUCUCGAUAUUGGACUGGUCUUCUGUACUUUAUUCAAACGUGUUACUAAAUACACGUGUCCGCUAGACAGCACAAAACUGGAAUGCGUAUUCGCUAAAGGAGAGUCGUGGGUAAAAAUAUCUUAAAGGAAUGCAAAGAAUGUCAAGACUGGAAUUGAGAAGUUUACUUUUAACUGGAAAACUACAAGGAUGAUGUAAUAAACUAAAAAGAACUUAUCUUAAUAAAUUGUCAACAAAAUUAUAUUACAAUUACAUGUAACUGGUUAGGUUCCACAUAGACUCCCCUUGGACGCAAGUAUUAAAAACGUAUUGUAACUGGAAAA